ACCUCUUAAAGAGAACGUCACUGUUAGAACCAGAAGAAGAAAAAACAAGCCAGACAAGAAAAUGGGAUGUUUCGGACCAUCAAAAUCUUCAAGAACAAGAAACCAAGAACGAGACACCAGUCGACGAAGCCCACCUCCUCAACCUCAACAACAAACCGUGAGAGCUGAAGAGAUUCUCUUACAUAUUCCAAGAUGUAGAGUCCAUCUCAUCGACGAAUCCGAGGCCGUGGAGCUCGCCUCCGGUGAUUUCAAUCUCGUCAAAGUCUCAGACAACGGCGUGACACUCGCCAUGAUCGUCAGGAUCGGACAUGACCUACAGUGGCCAGUGAUUAAAGACGAGCCAGUGGUGAAACUAGACGCACGUGACUACCUCUUCACGCUUCCGGUUAAAGACGGUGAUCCACUUAGCUAUGGGGUCACUUUCUCAAGCGACGAGAGAGAUGUAGCCGUUGCGAACAGCUUGAAGUUGCUUGACGAGUUCUUGAAGGAGAACUCUUGUUUCUCGUACUCGGCUUCUAGUAAAGUUGACAAUGGAAUCGACUGGAAAGAGUUUGCGCCGAGGAUUGAAGAUUAUAACAACGUUGUUGCUAAGGCUAUUGCUGGAGGAACAGGACAUAUCAUUAGAGGACUCUUCAGUUGCAGCAAUGCUUACACCAACCAGGUUCACAAGGGAGGUGAAGUAAUGAUUACAAAGGCUGAUCAGGAGAAGAGUGGUGCCUCUCAGAGAAAUGGAGGCUACAACAGUGGAAACUCCAGUAGUACUGAGAAGAAAAAUGGAAUCAACGCAAACCUUCAACGAGUGAGGAAACUUUCAAAGGCGACAGAGCAGCUGAGCAAGACGAUGUUGAAUGGUGCUGGAGUUGUGAGCGGCUCUGUGAUGGUUCCUGUGAUGAAGUCGAAACCAGGGAAGGCUUUCUUCUCCAUGGUUCCAGGGGAGGUUCUCUUGGCUUCACUUGAUGCCCUUAAUAAAAUACUAGACGCAGCUGAAGCCGCAGAGAGACAAGCUCUAACUGCUACUUCCAGGGCUGCUACCAGAAUGGUCAGCGAGAGGUUUGGAGAGAACGCAGGGGAGGCGACGGAAGACGUACUAGCAACUGCGGGCCACGCGGCUGGAACAGCAUGGAAUGUUUUUCAGAUCCGCAAGACUUUCUAUCCUUCAUCUUCUCUCAAGUCAGGGAUCGUAAGAAAUGCUCCAAGAAAGUGAUCACAAUGGGUUUUCAGAUACUUUUAUCAACUUAUGAUCGAUCUAUGACCAAGCUCAGUUUCAUAUUUAGAUUGUUGUCUACGUAACGUACGAAGAAGACUAUUAUGUAUUAUUUACUCAUAAAUUAUGUAAGUUCUGUAUCUUUUAUUUUAUAUAAGUUAUGUAUCUUUUAUUUUA